AUGUCGGCUCGUCUGAGCGCUGUAGAAGAGGGCUACCUUGAUCCACGAGGGAGCUCACAUGGCCGCCUUCCAUCCACGCGCCCUGCUAUUUCGCGCAACGCCGCGUCAGAUGGGGUUUCCAUUACAGCAUCGACUUCAAUUGACUCAUUAUCAGCCUGGACAACAUCCCGUUCUCAAGUCCAAAAUCCGAAAAGCAAGAAUCCGGAUGGAGGGGCGGCUGGGAUGGAGCCAGAGACCUCACAGGAAUCCGAAUUCCAGCAGACGAUUUUCCGAGCUGCGACCAAAGGUGUGCUUCACGAUUGUCUUGAGUUCAGCAACGGUCUGAGAGUAGGGUCUGUCUUGUCAUGGAAGAUGAUGGAGUGGUUUCCAUUCCGCAGAAUGGACCUCAGACCUGAUGGAUCUUGGAAAGCGAUAUCUAUACCCUUGCCCAGGGGCGAAGUCAGGGAUAUGCCUGAAAAUGCAUGGAUCCAUCACUCUGCGAUACGGAGGAUGGAGGCCGAUGAGCGGUACCGGCCCGGUAAUCUGAUAAUUGGUGGGGGAGGACGUGGUAUCAAAAGGGCACCGAAGGCUUUGGGAAUUGGAGCGUGGGAAAUCCUGAGGGGCAAGGAUGAUCCUGUUGGCAUGGUAUGUGAGGAAAGGCCCGAGUGUUGA